CUCGUAUCUCAAGCUCGCCUACGUUUACACGAUCGUGGGUCCAGCCGAGUAUUGUCCCAGAGCUACUGCCUUGUCAACUGAAGCAUAAAAAGAUUGGCGAUUAGCCCCUCUUGAACCAUUAAGCCAUUGUCCUUCACAUCAUCUCUCCAUCUGCUUGUUAUUAUAUAGCCACAUUUUGAACCAGCCUUAGAUCUCUUGCACAGCCAUGGACCACAACUUCUUCGCUCCCCCAUAUAACUAUCGUGCUGAUCUGCCUCUUGCAGAAAGGUGGAAGCACCUGAAGCUUAUAGUCACCCAGCUCUACGUGGAGGAAAAUCGGAAAGCGGAGGAGAUCAGGAAGAUCAUUCAUCGGCAGUGUGGCUUUGAUGUAGGGAUUCAUCAACUCAAAUACCGCAUCAGACAAUGGAAAUUGAAGAAGAACAUUUCCACCUCAGCCAAGACCAAAAUGCUCGAGAUAAGGGAAUCAAGAGCGUCGAGAGGAAAGGAAACUGUUUUUACCUAUCAGGGAAAACCCGUCGACAAUAAGAAGCUCGAUAGACAGGCUAAAGUUCUGAUCAGACAAGGACCAGGAGAUGCUGAGACGAAGGAUGAUACGAAGCUCAAGAUCGCGCCGCAAUUUCAUCAAAUGGAAUAUACGAUGUUAUUAUGCACGAGGCUAAUAGACUAG